AUGGGAAGAUUCAAUAAUUGGUCGCCACCAUGGCGCGAUCCUUACUACCCGUUAGAGCAACCGAUACCACACGCUGGAGCAGACUUUCCAACAGCUGACAUCGUCUAUGGGACAAAUGAAGAAGAAGCGCUUGCGGAAGUGAAAAACUUAUUUUCAGAGGACAAUAAUAUGGAUUGCUGUGUUAUUCUCGGAUGGAGUGAAGAGGAAGUCCUUCCAUACAGCUUGAGUAGAGGGCAUACCUCAACAAUUGAUCCAUCAGGCCACCAGCAGCCCUGCGAGCCUCGGGUCUAUGUCACCCGCACGACGACGAAAGCCCAGGCUUUAGCAGAUCAUUUGGUUGAAAACCCGGUUGACGAUGAAUACCAACCUUUGAGCACCUACUUCCCGGAUGAAGAGGUAAAUUCAGUUGAGGCAAUAUCCGAAGAUACUAAUGCUUGGAAAAUGUUCUUUGAUGGAGCGGGAGAAUGGGAGACUCGAGAUGUCAAACUUAUUCCCUACAGGCAACAUGUGGAAGAUCUCAGCAAACGUUUCAAGUCAAUAGAGUUCAGGUACAUCUCUCGUUGUCACAAUGAACUAGAUGAUGCACUUGCUACUUUAGCCUCGAUGCUGCUAUACCCAGGCAAUGCCCACAUUGAUCCCUUGGAAAUCCAAAUCCGGGAAAGGCACGGUUACUGUAAUACGGUUGAGGCGGAACCAAAUAUUCAGCCAUGGUCCUUUUCGGUGGUUUCUGGUGUACAGGAAAUUGGUUGGGUAGAAUGUGGUAUAGUUUUCGCGUAUAUGGGGUUGCUCUGA